AUGAUCAUGCAGUCUUCGGGAUAUGGUAACGGCGAGAGGGGAACUCUGGUCAUGUGUGAAAUACUCAAGCGAAAAUCUGCAUCACAUCCUCUCAAAGAAAGUGUCGUUCUGAAAACGUAUGAAAAGAUCAGUGAAAAAAAGAAGAGCCAUCCCAAAGAUAGAUACGCUGCCAAAGUCACCUCCAAGCAGAUCGCAUUCGAGAGCAUCAAAAAGGCUAAGAAGGAGUAUCCUAUCGUGCUGGCAGAGGUCAGUGACGUUGGCAGAAUUCCCGCCGACCCAAAUGUUUUCAGCCUCCAAGUUCCACAAGACAAGAAAAAGAAAAGUGAGGAAGACGGCCCUGUGCUCCUCUAUCUGAUUCGUUUCGAGGAUAGUACGGCAGUGGAUAAAUACCUUGGCGCACUCAAUGGCAACAACAAACACUCUACUGCUCUUGAGGGACCUUCAGCGUCCAAAGGCCCUAGAGAGGGUCAGAGCAGGGAUAAGCUAAACAAGGCAGGUGAAAAUGACGGCGCUCGAACAGCGAGAACUGAAGACUCAUCAGUGCGGAUUUCAAAGACGACAGAAGAUGAGAAUAUGAGAAAGAAAGGACAGAAGAUCAGACAAAAAUCCGCCCCUGCGGUUUGCAAGGUCUCCUACGUAGAUGGAAUGCUUUUAGGUGAGACCGCAAGCGACGUAGGUACUAGUCAACCGCCUGUGGAUACUCAGUGUAAUUGCUGUGUUUGUUCGGGCUCUGAAUCGCACAUACCUCACAGUGGACGCAGGGGUUCCCCUCUCAGUCGACGCGAUGCCAAGGUGAAUAAACGUCCAGCGGUUCCGCAGCAACGUAACAGGGUAGGCUUCACGCAAACAUUCGUUCAGUACCAACCCGCAGUGGGACUAUACGGGGUCGCACCAACGCGUAAGAGCCGUAUGGUGGUGGAUCCCUGGCCAGGGCGGUCACAUUCACAUCGAAGGGCCUAUACACCACCCUCCAGUGAAUCAUCCAUGACAUCCGCCUCCUCAGAUGUUACCUUGUGCUGCACAGUGAGCUCUACCAGCAACGAUGUGGACAGGGAAAUAGCCUUCUUGGAGGACAGAGAGCGAUGGGGAGGAAUGUACAAAAGUUACCGUCGUCGAUACCAGGACUCCGUCUUCUAG